AACCCUGUCAAGUCAACCUGAAAAAGGUUUGUUUUUGUUGUUUGUUGUAAGUUUUAAACAUGUUUUAAAUGGAUUUAAUUUAUUUUUACAACGUGGAAGUUGGAACCAUCAUUUUUUAAAUACACCUUAAAUUAAAUUCGAAAUGGAGUUAAGUGAAGAUUAUAUAAAAACAAAUCAAAAUGUUUUAAUAUCUAACAAAGAUGGAGAUUCUCUGGAGAAACAUGUUAAUGUAUCAAUUAAAUCAGAACUGGAAGAAUGCGUGUUUGAAAGUAAUUACACAGAGGAUUUCGUAUCAGACUCGUAUUGUUCGGAUGAUAUUAAAAUAGAAGAACAUGUAUUAGAAUAUGAAAUAGGUGGCCCACUCCCGGAUAUCAAGCAAGAAGUUAAGACAGAAAUCAAAAAAGAACCGGAUCAACAUAAUUUACAAGUAAACGAUGGGUGUGAACCUCGAUUUAAAAAUACGAAUACGAAAGAAUUAGACCCAGACAAAGAUGUAAAAUUACAGAUAGGUACUUCAACUGAGAUAGAUGAUGGCAAACAUGGUAGCAGUAUGAAUACAUCAAAAUCGCUGUCCAACAUUGGCAAAAAAAGUUAUUCCAAAGACGAAAACAAAAUGGAAACUUUAUCUGCACAUUCAUCUCAGAAAGAAAACCACAAAGGGCGACACGUCAAAGGAAAAAUAUUAAACAAAAAUGUGGAAGUUGUGACUGGACAAAGAGCUUACAAGUGUGAAAUUUGUUUUAAGCAGUUUAGUCAAGCACGUAAAUUGAAUUGGCAUAUGAAAGGGCACUCUGGUGAUAAACCUUACAAGUGUGAAAUUUGUUUUAAGCAAUUUAGUCAAGCAUGUGAUUUGAAAAAACAUUUGAGAGUGCACACUGGAGAAAAACCACACAAGUGUGAAAUUUGUUUUAAGCAGUUCAGUGAAUCAGGUAGUUUGAAAACCCAUUUGAGAGUGCACACUGGAGAAAAACCACAUAAGUGUGAAAUUUGUUUUAAGCAGUUUAGUGAAGCAGGUAAAUUGAAAAGGCAUAUGAUAGGGCACACCGGUGAUAAACCUUACAAGUGUGAAAUUUGUCCUAAGCAAUUUAUUGAAGCAAAUCAAUUGAAAUCACAUUUGAGAGUACACACUGGAGAAAAGCCUUACAAGUGUGAUAUUUGUUUUAAGACGUUUACUUACAACAGUAAUUUGGCGACACAUUUAAACACGCACAUUGGAAACAAAUCCUACAGGUGUGAAAUUUGUUUUAAGGAGUUUACUCAAUCAAGUGCUUUGAAUCGACAUUUGAAAGUGCACACUGGAAUAAAGCCUUACAAGUGUGAUAUUUGUUUAAAACAGUUUGCUUAUAAAAAUUCUUUGGAUAUACAUACAACAGUCCACACUAAGGAAAAACCUUACAAGUGUCAAAUUUGUGCUACACGGUUUAGUGGUGUGAGAGGUUUAAGAAAGCAUUUGAGAUUGCACACCGGACAAAAACCUCACGAGUGUGAAAUUUGUUCUAAACGAUUUAGUGAAGCAGGAACUUUGAAAAGGCAUUUAAGGGUACACACUGGAGAAAAACCUUACAAGUGUGAAAUUUGUCCUAAGCAAUUUAUUGGAGCAAAUCAAUUGAAAUCACAUUUGAGAGUACACACUGGAGAAAAGCCUUACAAGUGUGAUAUUUGUUUAAAACAGUUUGCUUAUAAAAAUUCUUUGGAUAUACAUACAACAGUCCACACUAAGGAAAAACCUUACAAGUGCCAAAUUUGUGCUACACGGUUUAGUGGUGUCAGAGCUUUAAGAAGGCAUUUGAGAUUGCACACCGGACAAAAACCUCACGAGUGUGAAAUUUGUUCUAAGCGAUUUAGUGAAGCAGGAACUUUGAAAAGGCAUUUGAUGGUUCACACCGGAGAAAAACCUUAUAAGUGUGAAAUUUGUUUUAAGAUGUUUUCUAACAACGGUAAUUUGGCGAUACAUUUACGCACUCACAACAUUGGAAAAAAAACCUACAAGUGUGAAAUAUGUUUUAAGCUUUAUUCAGGAGCAAAUAGUUUGAAAAGACAUGUAAUGUUGCACACUGGUGAAAAACCUCACAAGUGUGAAAUUUGUAAUAAGCAAUUCACGCGAAAAGAAUAUUUGGAUGACCAUGCUAAAGUUCACACUAGAGAAAAGCCCUAUAAGUGUGAAAUUUGUUUGAAAGGGUUUUCUCAGCAGGAUUAUUUCAAAAAACACUUGUCGAUGCACUCUAACGAAAAAUCGUAGAUAAAUAAAAAUAUAAAUGUAAUAGCUGUUCUAAGUAGUUUUCUCGAAAUGGUAACUUGCGAGACGCAUUUGAAAAUUCAUUCUGGAUAAAAACCUUGGAAAUCAGUGUGGUCUUGUAAAUCACUUUUUGUAUAAUAGUAGAGGAUCCGAUAUAAGGUCGACCUACACCAAUCUGUUUCAUGAAUAAAAAUUAUUUGAUAUGUAAGUGGGUGAAUCAAAUAGGAACCGACUUUCCGUCCAUGCUUAGCAUAAACUGACGAUAUAUUUUAUAUAUGGUCCUUGUCUAACGGUUAAUAAUCUAAAACGAUUACAAAAAAUACAAAAUUCAUGCUGCAUGUAGAUUGGUGCAUGCCCUUCGAAAAUACGACAGAAUAUCCCUUAAAAUAAAAGAACUUAAUUGGCUUAACGUUACUAACCAAUACAAGCUGCAAAAUUUGGUUUUUAUUCAUAAAGUGAUUCAGACAGGUACACCAAGUUACAUAAAAGAUAAAAUUACAUUUAGAGAACAGCUUCAUACACUUCCACGCACCAUUCGCUUUCCUGAAACACUUGCUCUUCCUCGGUUUAGAACUUCCAUGUUUAAAAAAUCUUUUACCUAUAAAACUAUUAAGGCCUGCAACUGUCCCACAAAAAUUUAAAAACGUUAAAACCUCCAAAAUGUUUAAAACCGAAGUAAAAAUUUUAUUAAUAAACUCACAAUAAUUACAUUUAAUAAAACAAUCUGCUGCAUCUAUUUAAUAAUGUGCAA